AUGGGGACAGCGGGGGCGCGGUGCCUGCUCGGCCUCGUCCUGCUGGGGGCGCCCGGCCUGGCCGCAGGGGCCCUGGCCGAGCCCGAAAUCUGCUACGUGCUGGACGCGGUGCUCUUCCUCUACAGCCUCAUCCUCACCGGCCUCUACAUCCGCCUCAGGUUCGUGACUCAGCGGCUGCGGAGAGCGGCUGAGCAGAAGGAGGAAGAGGCCGUUUAUGCCGGUCUCAGCUCCGGGCACCAGGAGACCUACGAGACCCUACAGAUGAAGAGCUCGUGACCCCCCCGUGACCCCAAAACCCCGCACCCCAUUUCCCACCCCCCUGCCACCACCGGGAUGGAAAAUUGGGAUUUUUUUCCCACAAAAAUGGAAAAAAUUGGGAUUUUUUUUUUAUCCCUGGAAAUGCCGGAUUUGGGUGGAAAAUUGGGAUUUUUUCCCCCUGGAAAUGGAAAAAAUUGAGAUUUUUUAUCCCUGGAAAUGCCGGAUUUGGGUGGAAAAUUGGGAUUUUUUCCCCCUGGAAAUGGAAAAAAUUGAGAUUUUUUAUCCCUGGAAAUGCCGGAUUUGGGUGGAAAAUUGGGAUUUUUUCCCCCUGGAAAUGGAAAAAAUUGAGAUUUUUUAUCCCUGGAAAUGCCGGAUUUGGGUGGAAAAUUGGGAUUUUUUUUCUCCCUGGAAAUGGAAAAAAAAUUGGGAUUUUUUUAUCCCUGGAAAUGCCGGAUUUGGGUGGAAAAUUGGGAUUUUUUCCCCCUGGAAAUGCUGGAUUUGACCCCAAAUUUCUGCUGCGGGGCUGAGCCCCCCCCCUCUCAAAUUUGGGGGGGGGGAGGAUGUGAAGAUUUUUGGGGGGGUCUCCCCCUCCCCCAACGCCCCCUCCGUGGGAUUUCUGCCCCCCAAAUUCUGACCGAAGAAACCCCAUGGAAAUAAACCAGUUCAAACCAGUUCAAACCAGUUCAAAACGGUUCAAACCAGUUCAAACCAGUUCAAACCAGUUCAAACCAGUGCUCCCAGUU